AUGAACAAGAAGAACCUACUUCAGCAGAUGCAGGAGAUGUUUCUUUGGUAUCAUCAUCAGAAAAACGUAUGGGAGUCCACAUGGAUAAGCGUGUACAGUUUGACCAAGCAGAAACAGGAUGCAAAGGAUAUACGGAAAUUCUUUGGAGUUGUAAAUGUUGUUAAGAAACAUGAAAAUGACACUGCCAAAAACCCCGAGAAACUCAAAGAUAAGGAAGGCGAGAAGUCUAAAUCGAAGGAAAUCAAGGAGAAGAAUUCAUCUCCUGAAGAGGAUUCCAAACAAAGGCAGGUUACCAAAAAGAAGAGGAUAAUCUAUGAUUCAGAUUCUGAAGAGGAGAUACAGUUGAUGAAAAAAUCAAAGAAGUCUCCAGUUAGAAAACAGCCUUUAAAACCUGAUAAGAUUCUAAAGAAGGACCCGGUUGUUUAUGUUUCAGAAACAGAUGAAGAUGAAGACUUCAUUCAUAAGAAGGUCUCCCAAAAACCCAAGGAGAAUGGGACGUCGGCAAGCCUUCAUCUAGGAAUGACUGCAGCACCAAAGGCUGAUACAAAACCGAAGAUAAAAACAAAGCCCUUAUCGCCAGUGAAACUGACACCAACUUCUGUAGUUGAUUACUUUGGAACAGGUAGCAUCCAGCGAUCGGAGAAAAAACUGGUGUCAAGCAAAAGAAAAGAAGUGCUGCCUUCACAAAGCAAGGAUUCCACUCUCAAUGAUGCAGUUAUUGCCAAGCAACUACAGCUUGAAGAAAAUGCAGAGUUGGAGAGACAAUUGCAUGAAGAUGAAGAGUUUGCUAGAACACUGGCCAUGCUGGACGAAACUCCAAAGAAGAAAAAGCCUCGGAAAGAUCCAGAAGAUAAGCAGCAGAUUUCAAGAGCAAAAACUAGUCCUGAGGAAACGGAAAGAAAUAAGCAGGCUCACAAAGUGAAAUCUGCCAAUUUAAGAAAUUAUACUGAAAAGGACCAGACUUGCACAGAAAGUUCCGGAACAGUGCUGGAUCCACACCCAGAGUCUUCUGUUAGUAAAGAGAGGAAGGAUUUGGGGGAUAAGAUGCCGUCUUCAAAAGUGAGCUCUAAACUGGCAGCUCUGAAGCAAAAAGGAGAGAGUAUCAAAAAAGAAAACGGGACUCCAAAAGUAAAAUCAGUUUCACCAAAGGAAGAGAAGACACCUAAAAAAGAGAAAGUUUCUCCCCAAAAAUCUAAGUCUGUAAGUCCUGAAGACUCUGAAAAGAAGCAAGCCAACUAUCAGGCUUAUAGAAGCUUCCUUAAUCGAGAAGGUCCACAAGCACUCGGGUCUAAAGAGAUACCACAGGGUGGUGAAAAUUGCCUGGAGGGUCUGACAUUUGUGAUCACGGGUGUCUUGGAAUCUAUUGAGCGAGAUGAGGCCAAGUCUCUAAUUGAGCGCUAUGGUGGGAAGGUCACUGGCAACAUCAGCAAGAAGACCAACUAUCUUGUCAAGGGCCGUGACUGUGGUGCAUCCAAGUGUGAAAAGGCAUCAGCUUUGGGGACCAAAAUUGUUGAUGAAGAUGGUUUAUUUGACCUCAUUCGGAAGAUGCCAGGCAAGAAGUCAAAGUAUGAAGUGGUAGCUGAAGCAGAGGCAAAGAAAACAAAACCCAAAUGGGGAGGGAGAACACCACAGAAGGUAGAGGCAGAAAAAAGAAAAGCCAGCCCAGCAAAGCAGGAGAUUGAGGCUAAAAAGAAAACGCCCACUCCUGGAAAAGACGGGGCCGUGAAACCGACAAAGAAGGUAGCCAUGGAAGUUAGGAGAGGUCUGGUUUUCAAUCAGAAAGCCUUAGAGAAAAAACCUGCUUCAAAGGAUGCCAAGAGCCCCGUUCAAGAGAGAAGUAAAGGCAAGGCAGAGGUGUUGUUGUGGGUGGACAAAUACAAGCCCACGUCCCUCAAAACAAUCAUUGGACAGCAAGGAGAUCAGAGCUGUGCCAAUAAACUCUUGCGUUGGCUUCGAAACUGGCACAAGAAAACUUCAGAGGACAAGCAUGUAAAAUCCAGUAAGUCUGGAGGCAAAGAUGACGGCGCUAGUUUCAAAGCAGCUUUGCUUUCGGGGCCACCAGGGGUUGGCAAAACGACAACUGCUUCAUUGGUUUGUGAGGAACUGGGUUUGAGCUACGUGGAACUAAAUGCCAGUGACACACGCAGUAAGAACAGCCUGAAGGAGGUGGUUGCUGAAUCUCUGAACAACACCAGCAUCAAAGGAUUCUGUUCAGGAGCAUCAACUUCUGUUAGCUCAAAGCAUGUCUUAAUCAUGGAUGAGGUGGAUGGAAUGGCAGGCAACGAAGACCGAGGAGGAAUUCAGGAACUAAUUGACCUGAUUAAGCAUACAAAGGUUCCAAUAAUUUGUAUGUGUAAUGAUCGGAAUCAUCCAAAGAUCCGUUCCCUCGUCCACUACUGUCUUGACCUUCGCUUUCAGAGACCACGUGUGGAACAGAUUAAGGGUGCCAUGAUGUCUAUUGCUUUUAAAGAAGGGCUUAAGGUUCCACCACCAGCAAUGAAUGAAAUUAUCUUGGCAGCUAACCAGGACAUCAGACAAGUUUUACAUAAUCUCAGCAUGUGGUGUGCGAAAAGCAAAGCCCUGACUUACGACAGCGUCAGAGAAGAUGUCAGCAAAUCCAAGAAGGAUAUGAAGCUGGGCCCCUUUGACGUUGCCAGGAAGGUUUUUGCCGCUGGGGAGGAAACUUCUCGUAUGUCCCUUAUUGACAAGUCAGACCUGUUCUUCCACGAUUACUCUCUAGCCCCACUCUUCGUCCAGGAAAACUAUGUACAUGUGAGACCAGCUGCUGCUGGGGGCAACAUGAAGAAACACCUGAUGUUGCUGAGCAAAGCGGCUGACAGCAUAUGUGAUGGCGAUUUAGUUGACCGGCAGAUUCGCAGCAGGCAAAACUGGAACCUUCUACCAAUCCAGGCCAUUUAUUCGAGUGUCCUCCCUGGGGAGCUGAUGAGAGGUUACCUGCAGCAGUUCCCAAAUUUUCCAAGUUGGUUGGGCAAAUUUUCAUCCACAGGAAAACAUGACCGUAUCCUUCAAGAGCUGUCGACACACAUGAGCCUCAGAACCCACGCAAGCAAGAGAGCAGUAAACCUGGACUAUUUGUCAUACUUACAAAAUGCCAUUGUGAGCCCCUUGGCUUGCCUGGGGACUGAAGGGGUACCGGGCGCUGUGGCCUUCAUGGACUCCUAUUGUUUGACAAAGGAAGACGUUGAAAACCUAAUGGAAGUAACCAGUUGGGGAGGCCAGCCUAGCGCGUUUUCUAAACUGGAUUCCAAGGUAAAAUCGGCUUUCACGCGCACCUACAACAAAGAGGUGCAUCUCACCCCCUAUUCGCUGCAAGUAGUAAAGAAGUCAACACGACGAGCAGGGUCUUCUCUGGAUAUAGGGCUGAAUGAAGAAGUGGAGGCUGAUGAAGUCCAGUCUGAGGAUGAGCAAGAGACUAUUGAACACGAUGCAAUGAUUAAGAAGAAGACAAGGCCUACCAAGCAGCCAAAAGUGGAAAGAACUGAAGAUACAAAAAAGGGAAAAGCAAAGAAGAAAUCUAAAUGAAUUAUUCAGAUGUUACUAAUAAUACUAACUGUUCAAACUAUGCUGUCAUGUUACUU